CAAAUCUCCUUCAUCCAAUAGACUCGUUACUCGCUCUCAAACUAUGGCGGCCAUGUUGUAUCCGCGGGGGAUUGGAGGCUGUUCGGAACUGAGUCUGUCUUCAGUCGGGAGUAUAUGGUGAGGCUCUCGGGCUUGAACUCGUCUGGGUUUUACACCAUCAGAGAUCUACACUCCUCGCCAUGAGCCGUCCGUCCUCUACGGGUGGCGCGGCCGGGGGACUCGGAGCUGGUAAAGCAGGAGGAAGUAAGCAUGGAGGUUCUGGAGGAACAACCGCCUCUGCCGCCGCCGCCGCUGCAGCUGCUGCCGCCGCGGCCGCAGCAGCAGCCGCCGCGGGGGUAUCUGGCUCUGUCCCGGGCUCUGGUACUGUGCCCGCGGCCGCUGUAGCCCUUCCAGCCGCUGCCCUACCAGGACAGUCAGCCGAAUUGACAGCGUUGUUUGAAUGCCCGGUGUGUUUCGACUAUGUGCUGCCUCCGAUCUUGCAGUGCCAGGCUGGACACCUGGUUUGUAACCAGUGCCGGCAAAAGCUCAGCUGUUGUCCAACCUGUCGCGGCCCUCUUACGCCGAGCAUAAGGAACUUGGCAAUGGAAAAAGUUGCAUCUACUCUGCCGUUUCCGUGUAAGUAUGCCUCGGCUGGAUGUCUGCUGUCCCUUCACCACAGUGAGAAGCCAGAACACGAAGAAGUGUGCGAGUUUCGCCCAUACACCUGCCCAUGCCCGGGGGCCUCCUGUAAAUGGCAGGGCUCCCUGGAGGCCGUCAUGCCACAUCUCAUGCAUGCCCACAAAUCCAUUACCACCUUACAAGGCGAGGACAUUGUCUUUCUGGCCACGGAUAUCAACCUACCCGGGGCUGUGGACUGGGUCAUGAUGCAGUCAUGUUUUGGCCACCACUUCAUGCUGGUUCUAGAGAAGCAGGAGAAAUACGAGGGACACCAGCAAUUCUUUGCAAUCGUGCUGCUCAUUGGCACGCGAAAGCAAGCAGAGAACUUUGCUUACCGCCUCGAGUUGAACGGCAACCGUAGGCGGCUCACGUGGGAGGCCACGCCACGCUCAAUCCACGAUGGUGUAGCAGCAGCCAUCAUGAACAGUGACUGUCUUGUAUUUGAUACCUCUAUUGCCCACCUGUUUGCAGACAAUGGCAAUCUGGGUAUCAACGUGACCAUCUCCAUGUGCUGAGGUGGCAGCGUUAGGCUUUUUCUAGUAAUCCAAACCUUGGACAACCUCUGCUCCCUAUCAGACUGCAGAUUCUGAAGGCAACAGUUUGGAGAUGUAUACAUUUUGUAUAUUUCUGUUCAAGAGUCAUUUGCUAAACCAACGCAGACUUUCAAGAUUCACUUGUAGGUUAGUAUGGUAGAUAGAUGGCAGGUGUUCUUCUCAAGAUAAAGAGGGGAGUGUGCAGGUGUUGGCAGUCAGUCUAAGUGCAAUUGAGAUUUUCUCUUGUACACCCCAAGGAUUCAAACACCUCAACCUUCAGAAACUUCUGAUUACACCUACAGUAAAGUUCAGGUGUGGAUGACCACAUUUAUUGUCCGGCCCAAAAUCCACAGGAACUUUACAAGUGAAUCUAGCUUCACAGAAUCAAAAUGCUAAAUUGGGAAGAGUCUAGGCAUGAAUGUGUAACAUUUGCCUCAGAAAACCUAUGUGUACAAAAACUGCACUGACAACUUUGGUUUUCCUCUUGGGAUAUUGAGUGGAACCAUGACAAUGUAAAUGGUAAUCCUCUGAAUUUCAUGGUUGUAUAAUGGCUGUACCCAUGGUGGAGAUGGUGUGCAUGGUGGAAAUAAAAUUCACUUGCAAAAAAUGACUACAGAGCCACCAUGUUUGUAAGGCAAGAAUCUUACCUGUUUUUUGUUUUGUUUUGUUUUUUGUUUUGUUUUUUAAACUAUAUCUGUCUUCAAUGUUGCAAGACGUAGAUGAGGACAAUUCUGAAAGUUUGUUAUUUUAUGGUCCUUUGUUAAAACUUACCCAGAGGAGAGAACUGGUUUGUAAUCAACACAGAUUCAACAUCUUCAGCUAUGUGAAAACACAGAACUAUAGCCAACCUGUUCAAAUUUUAUGUUACCCAUGAUCUAAUGCCACAUAAUAAUAUUCCUAGAUAUAUUUGUACAUGAUGCUUGAUUUUUAAAUGAAUAGUUGACCUACCAUUGAUAAAUCUGUCAAUAUUUACUUACCCUCAUUUUGUUUUGUAACACUUUUUGUGGAACACCAAAGCAGAAGUUUAGCAGAAUAUCUCAGCUGUUCUCUUUCAGUACAAUGUACGUGGAUGGAGACCAGGGGUUGCCAAGCUCCAAAAAUGGCAAAAAAGCACCAUACAUGUAGUCCAUACAACUUUACAAAAUUAUAUUGCAAGUCUUCUCAAGCCAUAGCUUUGUGUGAGGAGUGACUGAAACAUGAGUUAUUUUACACUGAAAACCAUGCCUUUAACUUUCAUUGUAUGAAAAAGAACAGCUUGCACAUUUACCUAGAUGACUCCUUUUGUGUUCCAUGGGGUAGAGAAAAUAUAUACGCAUUUCAAACAAUGGGAAAAUGAUGACAGAAUUUUCAUUUUUAAUGAACUAUUCCUUUAAUAUAGGUGUUCCACCUUUGCGUACAUUGUCUUGUCUCCAAUGACUGUAUGUAAAAGAUUUAGCCUGCGCACAAACAACAAUCUGUUAUUUUCCCGUUGAUUAAGUGUUCGCAUUUGACUGGUUUUGUUGUCAUUGUACUUUUCUUUCUUUAUUUUCAAGGUAAUCUGUAAGAUUAAGGAAAGCUUUUGUAAAUAUAUAAACAAGUUUAGUUUUGUUGAUAUUUGUUGUUAUUGUUAAGUCUCUUUAAAAUGAUUUAGUCUAGACAGAAGUUUUGUUUACUCUUUUAAAAACCCACUAAGAUCUGAGCAAUUCCUCACUCUCCCCUUUGGUCAAUGAACCCACAAUGCCUUACUUGUAUACAAACUUAAUCUUUUAGAGUCUGCCUUCUUCUAGGACUCAAGUGUGUCAGGUUCAGGUCACUAUGCUCCAAACCUCCAGUGUCUUGAAAGAGACUUAAAUUUACAAAGUGGCAUUAUGAGUGGGAAGGACAUGGCACAUUCAUAGGUCGUCCUACUUUGCCCCCAAAACCUGCUGCAGUAACAAUUUCACUUAAACUGUUCAAGUAUGGAACCCAGCCUCUUAUCAAAUACCUCUGAUGACUUUGGAGAUGUCUGUGCAGGAAGAGCAUAGAUAUCCCUGAAUGUGGGUGGUUCUGUGAAGAGAUCCCAAGUUUGCUGCACAACUUCACACCUUCAGCUUUAUCUGUCUCCUAUUUCAUUCUCUCUGGAAAAAAAUAAUUUAAAAAUGUAAAUUAAAUGUUUUAUAAAUC